AUGCACAUCCUCUUCAGGACAUGUCCGGAGCUCUGCCUUCACCAGACUCUUCGAUUCAUCGAAGGAGGGCGAAAAAUAGCAUCUCUCUCCCCUGGGACAAGGCACCGGUCAUUGCCAGCACCACGAGAUGGCAAGACACUCACUGGAUUUGGUUGCCCCGCUGGCGCUGCCUAUCAAAAUAGAUGUCCUCAAACUUCCUCGGCUCCCAAAGGACUCUCGUCUCGUGUCAACCCUUCUCAAUCUCUCGCAGCAACCAAUGCGAACAGCACGGCGAAACCGUCUCGUCUGGCCUCAAUACCUGAAAACGUAUUUCUAGAGCCUCAAAGCCCCGCAACCAUAGUACUGGUAGACACCGAGAAAGCUUUGAAGGAUAUGCUUCUCAAAAUACAGGGUUUACCAGUGAAACCACCUUCCCUGUACAUCGACGCAGAAGGCCAUAACUUGGGACGAACUGGAAGUUUGGCACUGCUUCAGAUUCUGGUUACCCCGCUGAACAGUAUCUUUGUUGUUGACAUUCAUGUCCUCAAAGACGCUGCUUUUACUCUAUGCACCGAUGAGAGCACCAUGACUUUAAGGAAGAUCCUAGAAAGCGAUGAAAUACCUAAAGUCAUCUUCGACGCUCGCAAUGAUUCAGAUAAUUUAUUCACCGAGUAUGGGAUAUGCCUUGGUGGUGUACGGGACCUCCAGUUGAUGGAAUUCUUUUCGAGACGAGAUGCUCCGGGAUUCACGGUGUUGGGCCUCGCAAAAUGCGUUGAGAGGCACUUGUUUGCUUCUCCAGAUGUGAUUCAGAAAUGGAAAUUGCAGAAGGAAAGGGGAAAAUUACUAUUCAACCCGAGGUUUGGAGGUUCACCGGACGUGUUUACAAAGAGACCACUAUCGAAUACCAUGUUAGCAUACGCUUCUGGCGACGUUGAGCACAUGAGUGCAUUAUAUCACAAAUAUCGACGGAGACUGCCUCUACGUCGCUGGAAAUGGGUCCUUGAAAAGUCACGCAAGCGAGUAUUGACAUCGCACGCUCCUGCCUUUGCGUUGGAGCAUGAUAGAAGAUGGGUUGCCCCUAGUUGGACUGGAAAUUGGGAUCAUGAUGCAAAAGAACCUGUCUCAAACUCUGAUAAAGGCAAUGCUGAACCAAUCUCUCCCUCUCCUCUUCCAGGCACCUCCCUUACAAAGACGCCUCAAAACGACGCUUCGGUGGUUCUUACAACUGCAAACUCAACCGUAGAAACACCGCCUCGAAUAUCACAGCCCCUUUCAACUAUCAAGGGACCAUCUCGUCAAGCUGUGGCUUCAAGGUCACAGCGGUUGAUACGCCGAAUAUUUGACAUGUAA